UUGAUGGAAAACUACACAUUCAACAGUUUUACACUCCAGCUGGAGGGAUUAAAGGUCACAGAAGUUUCCAUGUAUCCUCUCUUUUUCUUUUUCUUUGUAUCCUACCUAAUUAUUAUAUUAGCAAAUGUAGGCAUUGUGUUCCUAGUUUUCAUAGACACAAGCCUUCACCAGCCCAUGUAUCUCCUUUUUUGCAACCUGCCUGUCAAUGACAUCCUUGGAAACUCCAUCAUGGUGCCUCGUUUGCUUUCAGACAUGUUGCUGCCUCCCUCCGAGCGCCUCAUCAGUUAUUAUGAAUGUGUGGUCCAAGCUUUCACCACACACAUGUACGGCACCACCUCCCACACUGUGCUCAUAAUUAUGGCGUUUGACAGAUAUGUGGCCAUCUGCAAUCCGCUGCGCUAUGCUACCAUAAUGACCAACAAGAUGGUGAUCAAGCUGACGGCGCCUGCCUGGGGAGUGGCCUUUGUUUUGGUCGGGAUUCUGCUCAGUCUGACCGUACGGCUGAACCGAUGCAGGACUUUGAUCACAAACCCCUUUUGUGACAAUGCCUCCUUGUUUAAACUCUCCUGUGAGAGUGUGUUUAUUAAUAACGUCUAUGGACUCACUUUCACUGUUGUCUUGUUCACAACUUCUAUCGGCAGCAUGGUUCUCACCUACACUAAGAUUACAGUAGUCUGUCUGACCAGUAAUAACAAGUCUUUGAACAGUAAAGCCUUGAGGACCUGCAGCACUCAUCUCUUUGUAUAUCUGAUCAUGUUAAUAUGUGGCAUGCUUAUCAUCAUCCUGCAUCGCUUCCCUCAGUACUCAGACUACAGAAAACUCUGUGCCAUUUUGUUUCAUAUCAUCCCUGGCAGCCUCAACCCCAUUAUUUAUGGGGUUCAGUCUAAAGAGAUACAAAAAUUCUUGUCAAAAUUGUUCCAGUGCAGAAACAUUUUGCCAUCAAUUUAA